AUGAAACGUCUGUUAGAGAACAAUAGUGACCCGAACCAAGAUACUAAUUUACUGCACGUAGAAUCACCCCCUGUUAAUGUUGAACAGCAGCUUCCUGAACCUGAUCGAGUUCUUUUACAAAAUUUUCAUGCUGAGAUUAAUAAACUGGUGAAUAAAUUAUGUUCUAUUUGUAAAGAGUACUUUCUAUUGGUUGAGCUCAUAGAGCAAAGAUGUCGUUGCUGUUAUUAUGAUAAAGGUGUCAUAAAAAAAUUCUCAAAAGAAAACAAUAUGGAUCCGGGUGAUGUACCAGAAAAAUUAAAGGGGCUUACUGAGAUAGAGGAAAUGCUAAUCCUCAAAGAUGUGGAGGGUGAAUAUUUCGAUAAUAACAAUGAUGAUGCUGAAGAAACUAUUACUAGCAACUUUGUUCCUGCACCUCUUCCUUCUCCUAAUGAAGAACAUGCUAUUGCUGAUAUCCUUACACCUUGA